GAAGAAGAAAUUGGGUACGUACAUGUCAUAUAUCAGUCUCUGAAUCUUCAAGAGCAAGCAGAUUUGGAUAUAACAUGGAGUUUUUGUUCACAGUGUUGAUCAUUCUGAGUGUUCUUGCACCCGGAUUCAGCAGCACAACAACUACUUUCAAUGUUUUGAAAUAUGGAGCAGUGGGAGAUGGACAAACCAACGAUUCUCCGGCCUUUCUGAAGGCAUGGAAAGACGUUUGCCAGAGCAAGUCACACAUAUCUCAACUCAUCAUACCAGCAAAACGGACAUUCAUGCUGAAGCCUACUACCUUCACUGGUCCAUGCAAAUCAAAUUACACCUACAUUCAGCUUUCAGGGAACAUUGUUGCACCAAAAACAAAACCGGAAUAUUCUGGAUUCCACACGAAUACAUGGCUUGGCUUCUCUUUCAUCGAUGGUUUAAUUAUCAGUGGAAAAGGGUCCAUUGAUGGUCGAGGCUCUAUCUGGUGGCAACAACCUUGCUUAGGAAAUCCACAACCUGGGAGAACGUGCCGUCCACCAACAGCAGUUACAUUCAAUAGAUGCAAUCGCCUUCAACUGAAAGGUUAUACAAGCAUUAAUCCUGCAAGAAGCCACAUGACUCUAACAAGCUGCCAGAAAGGCACCCUCUCUUUCCUGCAUUUAGUUGCUCCUGGAAAUAGCCCUAAUACCGAUGGCAUUGAUAUUUCUGGCUCUAAACACAUUAAAGUACUUAAUUCUUUUAUAGCAACAGGUGAUGAUUGCAUUGCUAUUAGUGCUGGAUCCUCCAACAUCACAAUAUUUGGUAUAACAUGUGGUCCAGGCCAUGGUAUCAGCAUUGGAUCAUUGGGAACACGUGGAGAGACCGACAUUGUCGAGGACGUGCAUGUGGAGAAUUGUACUUUGACUGAAACAUUAACUGGUGUAAGAAUCAAGACAUGGCAGGGUGGUGCUGGAUUUGCUAGGAGGAUCUCGUUUGAAAAGAUUACGUUUGUUCGAGCCAAUAACCCAAUUAUCAUUGACCAGUUUUAUUGCCCUCAUAGAACGGAUUGCAAAAACAAGACUGCAUCAAUCAAGGUAAGUGACAUAACUUACAAAGGGAUCGUUGGAACAUCAUUGACGGACAAAGCAAUCAACUUGAGCUGUGAUGAAAACGUGGGAUGCUCCAACAUUGUGCUUGAUCAUAUUUACAUAACAUCUGCAGUUCCAGGGCAGAAAGUUUUCUCCUUUUGCCAUAAUGCACAUGGAACAGCCACCCACACCAAACCAUCCGUGAAGUGCUUGCUGAAGUAGCUUUUCACAAUAAUUUAUCUGUUGUCUGUUGGAUUUUCUUUUUCUUUUGAUCAUGGAGACGAAUAAUCAUGUAAAAGAUCUGUGUUUUUCUUU